GAGAGAUAGCGAGAGAAAGCAAGCAAGAGAGGGGAGCAAGGGAGAACGGGCGAGGGAGAGCGAGACAAAGCUAUGAAAUUAAUCUGUGCGGUUUGCCUGCUGUUUCUCUGCCCAGCUCUGAGCCUUCAUAAAAGACAGAGCUAUGAGGGUCUGGAGCGGAAGCUGAAGGAGGUGUUCACAGAGAGGGCUGGGAUCCUGCGUCAACUCUCCAAAACAUCAAACGAAUUAGACAACAUAAAAGGCAACCUAAAGUCUCUAAAAAAUGGCGAGAGGGUGCCCAAGAAGGAUGUGCAGAGGAUCCUGGAGCUCAGCCAGAAGCAAAGGGAAGAGAUGAAGUCUCUCCAGGCAGCACUACAGAAGCAGCUGGACGAGGCUACAGAGAGAGCCGCGAAACAGCAAGCCACAAUCAAUUUCUUGAAGACAGAGAUGGAGAGGAAGAGCAAAAUCAUCAAGGACUUGCAGCAGGAGAACAAAAGCUUGAAGAACAAACUUCUCUCUGGCAACAAGCUGUGCGGCAUUCACGCGGAAGAGUCCAAAAAAAUCCAGGCUCAACUGAAAGAGCUACGAUAUGGGAAAAAGGAUUUGAUUUUUAAGGGACAGCAGCUAACAGACCUUGAACACAAGUUAACUGCAGCUAAAGAAGAGCUGGAGAAGGCAUCAUUGGACAAGGAGUCACAGCUGAAAGCAUUAAAGGACACAGCACAUCUCUGCUUCUCUUUUGUACUACACAACCAGCCUUCCCACACCCAUGGACUCCCCACCACACACCCUGAUAUGUUGAGGUACUCCACCCUUGCCAACAACUCCAGAGUCACCUACCAGCAGCCACACGGCAAGGACAUCCCUAAGAUACUAAGGAUUGUUACAACAAACAAGACACCUUUGAACACACAGCUCAUGAAGAGGGAAAACGUACAGCCCAAGGCCUGCCAAGCAGAAAAGCAGAAAUCUCAACAGUGGCCGAAGGUUGGAAACGAUAUUGCAAAGCCAUCUGAAGACACCGAGCAAGCAAAGGGAAGCGAGAAAAAUGCACAGGAAGAGCCACACAUGAAAGAGAGGAGUGGGACUCCAGCUCAGCUGUGAACCUUCCGGGACUUUCCGUACACUCUUGAUGAUGACAGUUUGGGUCGGUUUAGUACAAAGGCAUGCGAUCCUCAUGUUAAAGCCACAGAGAAUAUGCACACACAGACACAAGCACACACAGUAUUGCAUAGGAAAACACAUCAGCCCAGAUUCAGUUCAACUGCAGCGCGCUUUAUCCUUAAUAUUGAGUCCUCAGAGAAUACUACUUUUAUUAAAUUAAAUUAAGAGAAUGAGAAUGAAACAUUUUAAGCAUUGACAAUUCACAUUUAAAUUAAUUGCAGCUAAGGACAAAAUACCUUGCAGUUAAACUAAUCUAUUCCCUAUAUUUUGUAUCAGCAUGUGUUAUAGCCCAGCAGAAUUUGCAAUUGGACUUGAAUGGUUGUAUAAAUAGCUUUGUGUUUUUUUUAAAAGCUUAAGAUGGCGGUGAAGUUUAACUGAAGUAAUAUUUCAUACACAUUAGAUUUACAGAUUUUUCUUUUUUCUAGGCAUAGGUUAUUCCCUAUAUCAUGCUUGCCUAACCAAAAAGGAAUACGCAGAUCUGCGACCCUUGGGAACACAACCGGUUUCUGCUAAUGUCGAUCGGCUGGUCAGCUUAUUUGGGUUUUAUUUUGCAACACUACUGGAGACUUCAAUAUGCCAAAGGUUUAUACAAUUAAUUAUGUACAGUGUCCUGAGCAUGUUUAAUCAGACCUAUACCAUUAUCAGAUUCUUGUCAUUUCAAUAAAAAAGUAAUUAAUUAGAUUUUUUGGGAACGGACCUUGAGUAAAAUCCUGAAGAGAAACUCAAUUUAAUUUCCCAAGGGAAACGCACCGUUAUUGAACAGAAAUGUCAAAGGGAGGCCAGCCGGUGAUGUGAACAUGACACACAAUACUCAAGGGCAGAGGAAGGGGUCUGAACAUUUUAAAGCAACUGUACCUUAUCACUUCAAUACACAUUAAAACUGUACUGCAAGCAUGUGUCCUUGAGUUAGACUCCCUCAGGUUUUCGUUACUUCCACAAUACGGGGCUCUGCACCAGAUAAUGAGGUAAAAAAGCAUGGGUGCGUGGAGGUAGAAAGUUAACGAUGAUUUCUCCCGAGUUGACUCAUACUAGAUCAUUCUAUCUGAGUUUCCAAAACGACCUGUGAGAGAGUGUGCGUCCAUUUGUGGCUUGGUUCAUCGAGCGAGACGCUCUUAUCUUAGAUUGCUGGGUUACAGGCCCAGGUUGGUUUGUAGUGUACGGGGCCGAUCGCACCGAACAUGCUUUAUCAGCUGGGGGUUCUUAUGAUCAUAAGCAUUUUCCAGUCUGCUUUUGGGCACCAGGAGCCUCACGUUUACCUGUCCCAGGUGC